AUGAACCCCAAACCCCACGGCUCGUCUAACAUACAAUGGAUUAAGAGGAAAGAGAUGACUAUCCGUUCAGAUGACAGCCUAAGCCUGUGUCAGAGGGCUAUGCAGCUGGUUGCAGAGCUUUGCGUCGCUGGUGAUAUUGACCGCGACAAAUGCUCGGACAUAUUCCCGUUGGAGAGCCCCAUACAAGGUAAAGGAAAUGCAGACAUCUCUGUCAGUCUUCUUGCCGUUGUCGUGGGUUUCUGUGGCCUCGCCUUGUUGGUAGUAUCUCUCUUUGUCUUUUGGAAGCUGUGCUGGCCCAUCUGGAGGAGCAAAGCCCUGCUGUCGUCUCACGUGGAUAGCAGCAACUGCAGUAACCCCCAUCACCACCAGGGCCACCAGGGCAUGCUCCCAGAAGCUCCUCCGCCCAUCAUGCCAUCCUCCCUGCCCCACCAACCCUACUCCUCCCAGCAGCAGAGGAAGAGGAAGGUGGUGCCUGAGGUGAAGGUGAACGGCCGCAGCUCGGUGAAGCUGCUGGAGGCGGCCAUGAAGAUCAGCCAGACCUCGCCCGACAUCCCCGCCGAGGUGCAGCAGGCCCUGCACCAGCACCUCAGCAAGCAGGCCAAGAUCCAGAGGCAGACCACCGAGCCCACCUCGUCCUCCAGGCACAACUCCUUCCGCCGUCACCUCCCACGGCAGAUGAAUGUGACGAGCGUUGACCUCAGCAUGGACGCGCUGCCCAUGCGCCAGUCCUCCACCGCCAGUAUCGGCCGCAUCAAACCUGAGCUCUACAAACAAAAGUCUGUCGACUCCGAAGACGGCAACAAAGAUCCUGUGGAGACCUGCGGCAAGCUCAGCUUUGCUUUGCGCUAUGACUACGAGGAGCAAGCGUUAGAGGUGCGCAUCCUCAAGGCACUCGACCUACCUGCCAAGGACUUCACGGGAACGUCCGACCCCUACGUGAAGAUCUACCUGCUUCCCGAACGCAAGAAGAAGUUCCAGACGCGUGUGCACCGCAAGACUCUGAACCCGACGUUCGACGAGACCUUCCGCUUCCCGGUGGAGUAUGCUCAGCUGAGCAACAGGAAGCUGCACUUCAGCGUGUACGACUUCGACCGCUUCACCAGCCACGACAUGAUCGGGGAGGUGGUGGUCGACAACCUGUUCGAGCUGUCGGAUCUGUCACGGGAGGCCGUGGUCUGGAAGGACAUCCUGGCAGCCACGACGGAGAGUGUCGACUUGGGAGAGAUCAUGUUCUCCCUCUGCUACCUGCCCACAGCCGGCAGAAUGACCCUCACCGUCAUCAAGUGCCGCAACCUCAAAGCCAUGGACAUCACCGGCUCAUCGGACCCUUACGUGAAGGUGUCCCUCCUAUGCGACGGCCGAAGGCUGAAGAAGAGGAAGACCACCACCAAGAAGAGUACCCUGAAUCCGGUCUACAACGAAGCCAUCAUCUUCGACAUCCCCCCCGAAAAUGUGGAGCAAGUCAGCUUGUCCAUCAUGGUGAUGGAUUACGACCGCGUGGGCCACAACGAGGUGAUCGGGGUGUGUCGCACGGGGCCCGAAGCAGAGGGCCUGGGCCGAGACCACUGGAACGAAAUGCUAGCGUACCCACGCAAGCCCAUCACACACUGGCAUGCCUUGGGAGAGGUACCGGAGACUUCCUUUUUCCUCAAAUGGCCGGGAAGAGCGACGAGCUUUGAAAGCCAAGGCUCAUGUCCGUCCCCUAAGCCUCCUGCGACUCCCUAAGACGUCACACAAUAAUCAAUGACUAUACACAUACCCCAACGUCGGUUUGUAUUCAGCACUUAGACCUUACGUCAUUAAUCUACUUUUUUCCCUUUCUUGUGAGUCACCAUCAAAGGUGAUCUGA